GGUCCCAGCCCCGCACCGGUCCCCCCCGAUCGGCGAAGGAGGGGAAUUGAGCUUCGAUCGCGAACAUGGCUGCUGGCUGCCUGCUGGCCUUGACUCUGACACUUUUCCAAUCUUCGCUGAUCGGCCCCUCGUCCGAGGAGCCCUUCCCUUCGGCCGUCACGAUCAAGUCAUGGGUGGACAAGAUGCAGGAGGACCUUGUAACACUGGCAAAGACAGCAAGCGGAGUCAAUCAGCUUGUUGAUAUUUAUGAAAAAUAUCAAGAUAUGUAUACUGUGGAACCAAACAAUGCACGGCAACUGGUAGAAAUUGCAGCUAGAGACAUCGAGAAACUUCUCAGCAACAGAUCGAAAGCCCUCGUGCGCCUGGCUUUGGAGGCUGAGAAGGUUCAAGCAGCUCACCAAUGGAGGGAAGAUUUUGCAAGUAAUGAAGUUGUCUACUACAAUGCUAAGGAUGAUCUUGAUCCUGAAAAAAAUGACAGUGAGCCAGGAAGCCAGAGGAUUAAACCUGUCUUCAUUGAGGAUGCGAAUUUUGGCCGGCAGAUAUCCUAUCAGCAUGCAGCUGUCCAUAUUCCCACUGACAUCUAUGAGGGCUCAACAAUUGUGUUAAAUGAGCUCAAUUGGACCAGUGCCUUAGAUGACGUUUUCAAAAAAAAUCGCGAUGAGGACCCCACAUUGCUCUGGCAGGUGUUUGGCAGUGCCACCGGCCUGGCUCGUUACUAUCCAGAUCUGUUUCAGGUAGUGAGGAUUGUUACUGAAACCUUCUCCAUUUGCUUGGAGUAUAUCCAAGGGGCUGCAUCUCCUAAAGACAUGUUAAUUCUGGUUGAUGUGAGUGGAAGUGUUAGUGGGCUGACCCUUAAACUGAUACGAACAUCUGUCUCGGAAAUGCUAGAAACUCUCUCAGAUGAUGAUUUUGUGAAUGUGGCUUCCUUUAACAGCAAUGCUCAGGACGUGAGCUGCUUCCAGCACCUCGUCCAAGCAAAUGUGAGAAAUAAGAAGGUGUUGAAGGAUGCAGUGAACAACAUCACAGCCAAGGGAAUCACUGACUAUAAGAAAGGCUUUAGUUUUGCCUUUGAACAACUUCUUAAUUAUAAUGUUUCCAGAGCCAACUGCAAUAAAAUUAUCAUGUUAUUCACCGAUGGAGGAGAAGAGAGAGCCCAGGAGAUAUUUACCAAGUACAACAAAGACAAAAAAGUACGUGUAUUCACCUUUUCAGUUGGUCAACAUAAUUAUGACAGAGGACCUAUUCAAUGGAUGGCUUGUGCAAAUAAAGGUUAUUAUUAUGAAAUCCCCUCCAUUGGAGCUAUAAGGAUUAAUACUCAGGAAUAUCUGGACGUUCUGGGAAGACCAAUGGUCUUAGCAGGAGACAAAGCUAAGCAAGUCCAGUGGACAAACGUAUACUUAGAUGCACUGGAACUGGGACUUGUCAUUACUGGAACUCUUCCGGUCUUCAACAUAACUGGCCAGUUUGAAAAUAAGACAAACUUAAAGAACCAGCUGAUUCUUGGUGUGAUGGGAGUUGAUGUGUCUCUGGAAGACAUUAAAAGGCUUACUCCACGCUUCACACUGUGCCCCAAUGGUUAUUAUUUUGCAAUUGAUCCUAAUGGUUAUGUUUUACUACAUCCAAAUCUUCAGCCAAAGCCUAUUGGUGUAGGCAAACCAACAAUUAAUUUACGAAAGAGAAGACCCAAUGUUCAGAACCCCAAAUCUCAGGAGCCAGUCACACUGGAUUUCCUUGAUGCAGAGUUAGAAAAUGAUAUUAAAGUUGAGAUUCGAAAUAAGAUGAUAGAUGGGGAGAGUGGAGAAAAAACCUUCAGAACUCUGGUUAAAUCUCAAGAUGAGAGAUAUAUUGACAAAGGAAACAGGACAUACACAUGGACACCAGUCAAUGGCACAGACUACAGUUUGGCCUUGGUAUUACCAACCUACAGUUUUUACUAUAUAAAAGCCAAAAUAGAAGAGACAAUAACUCAGGCCAGAUACUCAGAAACCCUGAAGCCAGAUAAUUUUGAAGAAUCUGGCUACACAUUUUUAGCACCAAGAGAAUACUGCAGUGAUCUUAAACUAUCAGACAAUAACACUGAAUUUCUUUUAAACUUCAAUGAGUUUAUUGAUAGAAAAACACCAAACAACCCAUCAUGUAAUACAGACCUGAUUAAUAGAGUCUUGCUGGAUGCAGGCUUUACAAAUGAACUUGUCCAGAAUUAUUGGAGUAAGCAGAAAAACAUCAAGGGAGUGAAAGCACGCUUUGUAGUGACGGAUGGUGGGGUUACCAGAGUUUAUCCCAAAGAGGCUGGAGAAAAUUGGCAAGAAAACCCUGAAACAUAUGAAGAAAGCUUCUACAAAAGGAGCCUAGAUAAUGAUAACUAUGUGUUCACUGCUCCUAUCUUUAACACAAGCGGGCCUGGUCCCUUUGAGUCAGGCAUUAUGGUAAGCAAAGCUGUAGAAAUAUCUAUCCAAGGCAAGCUUCUUAAACCUGCAGUUGUGGGAAUUAAAAUUGAUGUAAAUUCCUGGAUAGAGAAUUUCACCAAAACUGCUAUCAGGGAUCCGUGUGCUGGCCCAGUAUGUGACUGCAAAAGAAACAGUGAUGUAAUGGAUUGUGUGAUUCUAGAUGAUGGUGGGUUUCUUUUGAUGGCAAAUCAUGAUGAUUAUACUAAUCAGAUUGGACGCUUUUUUGGAGAAAUUGAUCCAAGCUUGAUGAGACACCUAGUUAAUAUAUCAAUUUAUGCUUUUAACAAAUCUUAUGAUUAUCAGUCAGUGUGUAAUCCUGUUACUACACCAAAGCAAGGAGCAGGCCAUCGCUCAGCAUAUGUGCCAUCCAUAGCAGACAUAUUACAAAUUGGCUGGUGGGCCACUGCAGCUGCCUGGUCUAUUCUCCAGCAGUUGCUCUUGAGUUUGACCUUUCCACGGCUCCUUGAAGCAGUGGAGAUGGAAGAUGAUGACUUCUCUGCCUCUCUGUCAAAGCAGAGCUGCAUUACUGAACAAACACAGUAUUUCUUUGACAAUGACAGCAAAUCACUUAGUGGUGUGUUAGACUGUGGAAACUGCUCCAGAAUCUUUCAUGUAGAAAAGCUCAUGAAUACCAACUUAAUAUUUAUAAUGGUCGAGAGCAAAGGAACUUGUCCCUGUGACACACGGCUACUCAUGCAAGCUGAACAGACAUCUGAUGGUCCAGACCCUUGUGAUAUGGUUAAGCAGCCCAGAUACAGAAAAGGGCCUGAUGUCUGCUUUGACAACAACAUCCUGGAAGAUUAUACCGACUGUGGUGGUGUUUCUGGGUUAAAUCCAUCCCUGUGGUCUCUCGUUGGACUCCAGUUCCUACUACUUUGGCUGGUAUCUGGCAGCAGAUGGUUCCUAUUGUGACCUCCCAAACCCCAGAUCUGCAUCAACUCCAGACUCUGACAAAAUAUGAGCCCUUGAUUACAUUAGGGUCAAUCGUGGAAUCAGCAGUACCUUAGUUGGACCUAUACCAUGGUGUAACUCUAAGGCACAGAUCCAUAAGCACCCACUGGCUGCAUGUCAGGAUGUCAGAUCCUCCAAAUUGUGUGAAUGCUGCAUCAUCUAUGUAUAACAUCAAAGCAAAACUCUAUAUGUGCUCUGUUGGAAAUGUUGGGAGUUUGCUGUUGCAUUGGUGAUUAUAUGUACAAGGGCUCCCCAUACAAUUGUUAUGAAUCGUAAGAAAGGUCUUGAUUUGGAUCUGGAAUUUCAACUUGCUGCAAUUCUACUAAGAAAAUCUUUAGGGUGGGGAAUGUUAUCUUUUGCCAUCAUUAACUCUUCUGUUCAAAAGUAAUCCCUACCUGGAACAUCUUUCCUGAAUAGAGAGAUAGAGAGAGAAAGCAAGAAGGGAGAAAAGAAUCCUAUUAAAAUAUUAAUGGCUAAUUUUUAACAGAAAAACGAAAUUGCCAUGAAUAAAAUGCCUUACAACGAAUGACUUCUCUGCCAAAAAUAAAACACAAUCGACCAUUAAAUUUCAGUGAGGUAAUGAAUUGAUGGUUUGAAAAUAAUCACCAAGAUAUUAUUAAACUUAAGGUGCUUGAGGGUGAAAUCUGAAUGUGUGGCAUAUUUCCUCAUAAAUGUAAGCCCUUAAAUGCUUGGAUGUAAUGUUUCUUUUGUUCCCAGUGCAGUUAUGUAGUGCUAGCCAGAUAUUUAAAAAUGCUCUAAGAAAAGCUUGUUGGGGGGAGGGAAGUGUUUUUCUUGUGAUAUUGAACUUGGGUUACCAAGGGUAUUGUGCAUGAUGCUGCUGCUAUUUUAACUUUUUGGUUUGUUUCUCUCUUACUGUAGAGUGUAGUCCAUUGAAAAGUUAACUGAGUGACAUUAUUGUCAUGUAAGAAUCUGAACCUUGCAGUGUAAACGCACUUGAAUCAUCUUUUAAAAUGUGGUUAAACUACUCUGAAUAUACUGUGCAAUAUAAAUACUGAAUGACUGGGUUAGGUUAAUGGUGAAAUGAGAAUUAAUGGAUUUUAUACAGAUUUGUGCUUUUGCCUGGAAAACCUAUGUACAGAUAUUUUAAGUACAUAAAUCAGAUCUAACACAUUUAUUUUUUGAAAAGUACAUAUAUGUUUUCAAUAAAGAUUCAUCCUUGGUUUCCUCUUUGUUCAUCUUGACAGUAGCAUGGACAAUCCACAAAUUGCUGCUGUGGCUUUUGUCCCUCUACUUUAAAUGGUGUGAUCAUUUGGCCAACAUUUCUAUACAAUUCUAUGAGGGUUUUACAACAAUCAGAACAAACAGGAAACCUUGAAUCUAUAUGUAUGCACAUGAACACUUGAUUGUGAAUAAUAAAAAUUUGUUUUUAUACAGCCUCAUUGGUGAAAAUGAUUAGUGUAGUAAAGCAGGUAUUUCAUUAUAGAUUAAUAUGAUAUAAAAUGUUAUUUAUGUUUUGAAAACUUAUUUUCAGGAAUAAACAGUAUUGAAGAAAGGGUAAGAAUAAUGAAGAAUUAUGCUAAAAGCUAAAAGGUUGCAGAUAUUUUUUAUGGUUAAAUGAUUUUUUUUCUUUUUUCAAACAUGCCAAGUAAUGGUGUGUGUAUAUGCUGGAAAUAUUCUUAUAUAUCAUUUUCAAAUCAAAGUUAUUUAUAUUAUCCAGCAUGCUUUAACAUGCUCACAUAUCAAAGAUAUAAUCAAUUCUUUGGCAUAAUUAUUGUUUUUUAGCCUUGCGUAUAUUUGUAAUUUUCCCUAUUGUCAAUAUAUCCUGUACAUUUCCUUAAUUUAAGAAUUUUUUUUUAAUUUAAAUUGGGGGAAAGGGAAACUGAAAUCACUUUGCCAACUGUUCUUCUAAAAGUUGACAUCAGUACCAUUUCUAAUGUGUUGUGAUUUUGUAGUCCAUUCAUAACUGGUAUUGACAUUUUAGAAAACACCAAAGUGAUUGCAAAAUAGUGAUGAUAUGGUAAAAUCAUGUUGUAUGUUGUUUAAAUAUUUAAAACUUACUGUUAACCUUUUUCCUAUUCUAUUUUAAAUCAUAAAAGUGUUAGAAAGGAGAUCUUCAAAUGUAUGACCAAUAGUGUGUGUAUAUAAAUGAUACACAAUACAACAAUCAAAUUGCUUCUAGCAUACAACAAACUACCUUAAGGUUGUGUUUAAGAUAUUUUAUUUCAUGGAUGAUGUUAUUUACAUAGUAUGUUUUCAUCAACUACAUUAUUGUUGUGUUUAUCACAGUGAAACUUGGCAUCUCCUGGCAAAGCCCUGUUUGAUUUUAGUUGUAUUUUAUGACAGCCACACAUGGGGUGACAAACGGAUAAACCAUGCUCUCCAAGUAGAAAUUGUGUGAUGGAUACCAAUCUUCAUACUUUUAGCAUAGUGUUUUAAAACAGAACACCAGUCAUCCAAUCAAAUUGUUAAAUUUACUAUUGUUCUGUGAAUUGUGUUACCAAGACAUUAAAUUUAUAUUAACAUUGAUUUCCAAAGACUGGAUAGUGCAAAAGAUUAAUUGGAAAGCUUUUACCUGUUUUUACUUGUUUAAUUUUUGCUAUACUCAUGUGGCUUAAUGCAGUUUGUCACAUAGAGUCAAAAUAAAUCAUACACUGGUUUUGAGUAGCAAGAACGAGUUUUUCAUAAAUGGCCUCAUCUUUUCUUCAUUUGAACAACCAGCAUUACUGCCAAACACCAGUCGUGGUCCAUAUUUGUAACAGGUUUUUAACAUGACAUAGUUAGCAAGUUUGAUUGAAGAGAUUUUUAGGUCCUGGGCCUAUAAGAUUUUAGUAUGAUCUUUAUUUCAUGUUUCUAAUGCUUAAAGCAUUAAUGCUUACCUUGAGGAAAUAAUAAUAAAACAUUGUUGCUGCCAUUUGUAAGUUUUCCUAUAUAUGAUAUUCCUUUUAUGAACUUUAAAACUGGCCUUAUGGGGUUCAAAUAGGCAGUAUCCCUUUUAAGUGACCUUUGCAACCCAAGUGUUACUUGCUUAUUUGAUGCUCUCUUGUCUUUUACGUCUCAUUUAAAUAUUUGUCCUAUCUUCACCAAAGUUUAAAUUCCACAUCUUAGUUUAAACCUUUGAAGCUGUUUCAUUGAUCUCAUUAGUGGAGAUUCAAAUAUCUAACAGAAUGCAGUUGAAACUAGCAAGACAAAGAUAUUUGUGACUUUUUUCACACUUCGCAAAUUCCACAUAUUAUACUAUCUAGAACUUGCAUUAUUUGCCAUAGCAGAAUGUUAUUAUUUAGUGAACAUUUAUUGUAAAGACCAAGUCACUAACAAAAACCAGUAUUGGGCGUGAAAAACAAAAAUACAGAAUUUUGAAGAAUUGAAUAGCCCUUGCCUGUAGGGUCACCGAUCUUCUUUUUAGUUCAUAAAAGAAAUAAUCUCAAAAAAAUUUCCACGGAGACGCAUGGGAUACUACUGUCUUACAUAGAUGCCAGUUGAGUUUAUAGUGUGACCUGGCUAUGCCAUCCUUUCUGUUACGCUGUGCAAUUGUUAGAUCUUGCUUCUAGGAUUACUUCUGAUGAAAUAAAUACUCAGCGUUCAUCUGUGCAAAAAGCCCUGUGGCUUUUGUGAACCAGAGCUCUUUUUUCCCCUUUAUUAUUGUUCUCUUGACCCUUUUGUGGACAUUAACUAGCCUGAUUACAACAUUUUGUAAAAAUUUGUAUAAUACUGUUAUAAAAAUAUUUAUAAUCCCAGAAAAUGUUGUGUUAAAUCUUGUGCAAAAACAGUAUAU